GGCGCACGGCGGGCCCCGCCCCCAGAUGAGGGUGUAGCGGCUCCUCCGGCGCCCAUUGGAGCGGCCGCUGUUUUCCUCCUGUGACAGCUCCGCCCCCGCUGCCGCCCGUCCAUACCAGGAAUUGGAAGGAAAAUAAGGCGCAGGGGCCAGGACACCGGGGCUACAAAAGGCUGCGGGGACACAGUCCGAGAGCUAAAUGUCGCACGGCUGCGGUAAACCUUAAAGCGAGGGAGUGGGUGACACAGCUGCGGUACCGUCUGACGAGUGCGGCUUCUCCGUUCCCGUGCAGAAGAAGAAGGGCAGCAGCAGCAGGACCCCCGGACAUGUUCCCCCUGGACUCCCCCUGGAACAUCUCGUUCGCCGGCUGCGGCUUCCUGGGGAUCUACCACAUCGGGGUCGCCAGCUGUCUGAAGGAGCAUGCCCCCUUCCUGGUGGAAAAUGCCAGAAACAUCUACGGAGCCUCUGCCGGUGCCCUGACCGCCACGGCGCUGGUGAGCGGAGCCUGCCUGGGAGAAGCAGGUGCAAACAUUAUUGAAGUCUCUAAGGAGGCAAGGAAGAGGUUCCUGGGCCCUCUGCAUCCGUCUUUUAAUCUAGUGAAGAUUAUUCGGAACUGUCUAUACAAGACCUUGCCGGACGACGCACACGAGCACGCCACUGGGAGGCUGGGGAUAUCCCUGACACGAGUGUCCGAUGGGGAGAACGUGCUUCUUACUCAGUUCAACACCAAAGAAGAGCUGAUACAGGCUUGUGUAUGCAGCACAUUCAUACCUGUAUACUGCGGACUUAUCCCCCCAUGUCUGCAAGGAGUGAGGUAUGUGGAUGGCGGUAUUUCUGAUAACCUCCCCCAGUAUGAACUGAAGAAUACCAUUACUGUCUCGCCUUUCUCAGGAGAGAGUGACAUUUGCCCCCACGAUGGCUGCACCAACAUGCAUGAGCUCAGGGUCACCAACACCAGCAUCCAGUUUAACCUCAGCAAUCUGUACCGACUGUCCAAGGCCUUGUUCCCCCCGGAGCCUCAGGUUUUGAAAGAGAUGUGCAAGCAGGGAUACAAGGACGCCCUACGUUUCUUAAAGAAGAACGGGCUACUGAACCAGCCGCGGCCUAUGAGAUUCCUGGCGCUGCCACCCCCUGUCAAUCAGGAGGAAGAGAGCAAUGAAAGGGAGGAGCAGGUGGCAGAGCUUGCUGCAGAUGAGGAGGCCGUACAAGUGUUUGAGCAUCUUCCCCCGAGACUGAACCAAGCUCUUCUGGAGGCUUGUACUGAGAAGCGUAGCAUGUACCUAUCCAUAUCCAACCUGCUGCCUGUACGUCUGGCCUCAGCCUUAAUGCUGCCAUAUACUUUACCUCUGGAGUCUGCAGUGUCCUUCACCGUCAGGAUUUUGGAAUGGCUUCCUGAUGUCCCAGAGGAUAUCAGAUGGAUAAAGGAUCAGACUCGGAAAGUGUGCCACUAUGUCUUCAGGAACAUGAAGAAGAAGCUGGGGAGCCACAUAUCGGCCAGGCUAUACUACCAUUUGGAACUGAGAAGAUCACAGAGCCUUCCUGUCCCAUUGGUUUUUGCACACAGCGAGUCUUUGCCGAGGUGGAUUAGGAGCAGUGCCUCCUUAAUGGACAUGAUGCAAAAAUGGGAGGACUAUCAAAGGCAACUGAUGCCUGGACUGUUCUGUAUUAACGUGGACAUGCAGGCCACGCUCUACCACCAUCAACAACCACAACAGCCCCAGAUCUCCAUGGACCCUAACAGCCUCCUGAUGGUGGAGGUGACCAAACCCGAUGUCUCGGAGACCUCAUGAAAACCAUACUUUGUAGAUGAACACCACUGAAUAGAACUUUUUUGGUUUGGUUUAGGACCUUAUCGCCUAGUGGUCUUUUUAUAUUGAGUGAUAAUCAUUAGACCAUGGUCAUCUGUGGCAUUCAACUACAUGCUACUUCAGUCUGGCCAACUUUUGAUGGGACUUGAAUGUCCAUAUCUAGAACAUCUGUACUUCCUAAUGCACGCUGGAUAAGGAGGGACACACCAGAUACUCAUAUGUAGUAUUGAGUAACAGUUUUACUGGAAAGUAGAGGUAUGGGGGUAGCAGUGUAAUAUUUUACACUUCUGUAAGUGGAUGAAUGAAAACUGCAAGUGAUGCAAGAAAAAGCAGGUUCUGCAGAUACCUCGUGAGUGUCAACCCAUUGGACUGCUUCUCACAUAUUCACAUAAAUAGAAAAGUUCAGUCAUUACAUUGUACUGGCCUGUCUCAUAAUUACCAUAUAGACAAAGUAUGGUAUAGACCGCCAUGAAGCUGGCUGGACCGAGAUCUCCUUCCCUGUAUGAAACCAUGUAGUCAGAGUCAAUACUGAAUUACAGUUUUUGUGUUUUUAUAUAGAACCUCUAUAGAAGAAGAAAACCUCAUUGUGAGUGGAGUACAAGACGUAGUCAUGGUCAGCAGAGCAUUUCACCAAGUUAAUAUAGUUUAUAAAUUGAUUUGUAUCAUUUUACCCAGUAUGGGGGAAUCACGUUUUUCAUCUCUGAUCAGUAGAAUCCCAAAAUGAGUGAAUAGGUUCUAGUAGCAUGCACCUAUUCACCGUCAUGCAAUGUUCCCGAGGUGUCUCUUGCAGAUGGUAAUGGGGAGAGUCCCGCUCCCUGAAUGACGAAGACGGCAGGGCGGGGGAGCACACUGAUGUACCUGGAUAAGUGUAUGUUUAAUGAAAGGAUUGUAUGUGAUUACUAUUGACUGACCAUUGAGACGUUAAAUCCACGUUCAACAUUUAGGGAUGUAAAGGAUAACAUUGAAGGUAUCACACCUAGGGUUUCCUUUCUGGGUUGGCUUGUUCAUGCUCCUCGUGGCUUGCAGCACCUGAAAAUCUGCCUGCUCCUGUGUAGCAUAGUCUAGUGCAGGGCCUGUAGGAUCUCCAGUUCCAGGACUGGUUGAUGUGGGUGGCAAUCAGUCCGACUAUUUAUUGUGUAGGUUUUAUGUUGCAUCAGGACAAACCCUUUUUUUAAAAAAAGAAUCGGGUGCGGCGAUCUGAUCAGUGCCGCUGCAGCUUCACUAAUCCCAACAUUUUAUGUUGUGGCAUAAAAAAAAAAAAAAAAAAGGCUCUCCUUGUCAUGCGUGGACGUGCCGGAUCUGCCAAAGAGGAGCUGCUCAUACAAAGUGGCUUCCCUUUUUUGGGACCCUACUCUAUGAUGACCCUAUGCCCAUAGAACAUAUAGGCAGGGUUGCCGUCAUACGACAGCCCAUGGCAUCCUGUAGCUGUCUCCGACCCGUGCCUGACAGUCCCCUAACUCUCCACAGCUCAGUACCAAUCACCUAUUUCACGGAUCUACGCCUCUGUGGCUUGUACUUAAUUCAUAGAACCUAAAUGAUAACCCGUGGCUUGUAGUUGGAGCGGGCACACAGUAUUUUCUCUAUUACCGUAAUUUAUUGGUUGGUUUGUGUAUAGCAUUUUAUCUUGUGUACAGUGCGCCUUUAAUACUGCGCUGCCUUCUAUAUAGCGACAUUAUAGAUUUUGUUUUAGUUUUUUAUCUUUAAACAGGUGACACCAAUAGGACAGCCCAAACUAUUUCACCUCAGGGAAGCUGUUCCCCAAAAUAUUCUUUGUCUACCUCAGAUUGAAGUGUUGCCACAACAAAAAGUUUUAGUCUGCCUCUGCGUUAUUUAGCGGUUUCUCAGCGAUUUUUUUCUUUUUCGCCACAUAUUCAUUUUUCCUUGUCGGUGUGUCUUACGUGGCGCUGUAUUUCCAUUGCGGCAGACCUAGUUUUAGCAUUACCGGCGGCGCGGCCUGUUUGUUCUUUGUCGCCUGCUGACUUGUCAGAGUAGUCAGUAGGCGCAGGUUUUCCAGGACUUCAUUGUUUGAGCCGAGCGUGGAUGUUUGCUGAAGUUUAUUGUCAAACAGCAUUAAAAAGGUAUGGAAAAUGGCGUCACUGAAGGUCAGAGAAGGUUCUGUGUAAAUGAAGCCUAUGCAUUGUAUGAUGAAAAGUUAUACAAUUUUCUAAUAUUAUUUGUGUACUUGAAGGGGUUGUGCAAGAAUGGGAGGCGGACGUGGUCGGACCUGUAAAGGGAAGAUGACAGCUGCUUCCCAGCCCUGGUUCCUCGCUCCUUCUCCUCCCGGCCUGCGAUGCUCUGCUGCGCUUCUUCGCUGUAAACAUCCAGUUUGACAUUGCCUGCGGCCAAUCACUGGCUGCGAUGGUGACCGGAUCCCCUUAUGUCAUAUGACCAUUUUUCAUGAUAUAAGGGGAGUUAGUCACCGCCAUGGCCAGUGAUUGCAGGCGUCGAUAAACCGGAUGUCUACAGCUAAGCAUCACAGGCCUGGAGGAAAAGGAGCGGGGAGCCAGGAAGCAGGUAAGUAAGCUUUCCUUUACAGGUCCAGUCGAGAAGGGGGUUUGCGAACCUUCCCCCCCUCUCCCCCCAUUCUUGCACAACCCCAUUAAGUCCCCCCCCCCCCACUUCAUUUAGAUCUCUGCUUGCUGUCGGUUAAUUGAAACAUUCAGUGGCUGAAAACCUGUCCUCAUCAAAAGAGCACCGUGGUACGUUUUGUGGAUGGAAUUUAUUAGGACCGGCCUUUCAUACACCAGUUUCAGUCAGAGAAAAGUGGCAAGAGUGGCAUAACAAAGUUUUUUUUUUUUUUUUUUGUUUUUUUUUUUUUUUGUCCGAAAACUGGCAAAAGUUGUAUGAUAAAUUCCACCCAUUAUGUAAUGAAAACUACUGCAGCUUUGCAAUAGAUUUAUUUAUAGCUUUAUUAACAUAAACAUGACCCCUGCGAUUCUCUAGACCACCAUCUCCUGCAGCAUGACCUCAUUUAUCAGGACUGUCGAACAGCAAAACUGUCAGGCACCGAUCAGAGCUCAGCCUUAAAUUUUUGGAAGCAGUUUGAGUAAUAAGGGCUAUCAAAGACUAAUAGAUGUUCACCAGACUGUGACUAUUCUAGUUUUAACUACAACCCCAAAAAACCUAGAUUGUAAUUUCCAGCAUGACCGGACAGCCAGUAGCUGUUUCCCAACAGCUGGAGAACAACAGGUAGAGCCUGCUCACCUGCACCAUCUAUACAUGGCUUCAUCAGGUAGAGCUUGCUCACCUGCACCAUCUAUACAUGGCUUCAUCAGGUAGAGCUUGCUCACCUGCACCAUCUAUACAUGGCUUCAUCAGGUAGAGCCUGCUCACCUGCACCAUCUAUACAUGGCUUCAUCAGGUAGAGCUUGCUCACCUGGCACCAUCUAUACAUGGCUUCAUCAGGUAGAGCCUGCUCACCUGCAUCAUCUAUACAUGGCUUCAUCAGGUAGAGCUUGCUCACCUGCACCAUCUAUACAUGGCUUCAUCAGGUAGAGCCUGCUCACCUGGCACCAUCUAUACAUGGCUUCAUCAGGUAGAGCCUGCUCACCUGCAUCAUCUAUACAUGGCUUCAUCAGGUAGAGCUUGCUCACCUGCACCAUCUAUACAUGGCUUCAUCAGGUAGAGCCUGCUCACCUGGCACCAUCUAUACAUGGUUUCAUCAGGUAGAGCCUGCUCACCUGCAUCAUCUAUACAUGGCUUCAUCAGGUAGAGCCUGCUCACCUGGCACCAUCUAUACAUGGCUUCAUCAGGUAGAGCCUGCUCACCUGCAUCAUCUAUACAUGGCUUCAUCAGGUAGAGCCUGCUCACCUGCAUCAUCUAUACAUGGCUUCAUCAGGUAGAGCCUGCUCACCUGCACCAUCUAUACAUGGCUUCAUCAGGUAGAGCCUGCUCACCUGCACCAUCUAUACAUGGCUUCAUCAGGUAGAGCCUGCUCACCUGGCACCAUCUAUACAUGGCUUCAUCAGGUAGAGCCUGCUCACCUGGCACCAUCUAUACAUGGCUUCAUCAGGUAGAGCCUGCUCACCUGGCACCAUCUAUACAUGGCUUCAUCAUGUAGAGCCUGCUCACCUGGCACCAUCUAUACAUGGCUUCAUCAUGUAGAGCCUGCUCACCUGGCACCAUCUAUACAUGGCUUCAUCAUGUAGAGCCUGCUCACCUGGCACCAUCUAUACAUGGCUCCAUCAGGUAGAGCCUGCUCACCUGCAUCAUCUAUACAUGGCUUCAUCAGGUAGAGCCUGCUCACCUGCAUCAUCUAUACAUGGCUUCAUCAGGUAGAGCCUGCUCACCUGCACCAUCUAUACAUUUCUUCAUCAGGUAGAGCCUGCUCACCUGGCACCAUCUAUACAUGGCUUCAUCAGGUAGAGCCUGCUCACCUGGAUCAUCUAUACAUGGCUUCAUCAGGUAGAGCCUGCUCACCUGGCACCAUCUAUA